GUUUAAGAAAAAUAGAGAGGAGGACCCCACUCUACUCUGGCAGGUGUUCGGCAGCGCCACAGGACUUGCACGCUAUUAUCCAGCCUCACCUUGGAUGGAUUCACGAAAGACCCCCAAUAAGAUAGACCUUUACGACGUCCGCCGCAGGCCAUGGUAUAUACAGGGAGCUGCUUCACCCAAGGACAUGUUGAUUCUGGUCGAUGCGAGUGGGAGUGUAUCUGGUCUGACCCUCAAGCUCAUCCGAACCUCAGUGGGCGAGAUGCUGGAGACCCUGUCUGAUGACGACUAUGUCAACGUGGUCUUUUUCAACACACAUGUGAACAACACAGCCUGCUUCGACCGUCUGGUCCAAGCCAACGUGCGCAACAAGAAGAUCCUGAAGGACGCUGUUCAAAACAUCUCGGCCAAGGGCAUCACGAACUACACCAAAGGCUUUGAGUUUGCUUUCGAUCAGCUUUCACGGGAGAACAUCUCCAGGGCAGGCUGCAACCACAUCAUCAUGCUCUUCACCGAUGGGGGAGAAGAGCGGGCUCAGGCGGUCUUUGAGAAGUACAAUCCUAGUAAAAAGGUGAGAGUGUUCACGUUUUCAGUGGGGCAGCACAACUAUGACACAAAACCUAUCCAGUGGAUGGCCUGUGCUAACAAAGGGUACUUUUUUGAGAUCCCAUCCAUCGGAGCAAUCCGUAUCAACACUCAGGAGUAUUUGGAUGUCCUCGGUAGGCCCAUGGUUCUCGCAGAUAAGGAUGCCAAGAAGGUGCAAUGGACAAAUGUCUACCUAGAUGCACUGGAGCUAGGCUUGGUCAUCACAGGGACUCUUCCCGUCUUCAACAAGACCAGGUCCAAAGAAGGCUCGCAAAACCAGCAAAACCAACUGAUCCUGGGAGUGAUGGGAGUGGACGUGUCUCUGAACGACAUCAAGAGACUCACACCUCGCUUCACUAUCAGCCCUAAUGGAUACUACUUUGCCAUCGAUCCCAACGGAUACGUGCUGCUGCAUCCCAACCUGCAGCCUAAGAAAAGGAUCCGUAAUCGUCACAUAAGGCUAAAUAACAAAUAUGCCAUUACCUUCCAUGAGGAGCCGGUCACCUUGGACUUUCUUGAUGCCGAGCUAGAAAAUGCCAAUAAAGUGGAGAUAAGGAAACAGAUGAUUGAUGGGGAGACAGGAGCAAUGACCAUAGACACACUGGUGAAGUCAUAUGAUGAGAGGUACAUCGACAGAGGCGGCAGGACAUACACUUGGGCACCAGUGAACGGCACUGACUACAGCUUGGCCCUUGUCUUGCCUGAGUACGGUCGGCAUUACCUUCGAGCUAAUCUGGGAGACACUAUCCAGCAGGCCAAAUCAAUCUUGGGGAACAAGGUUUUAGAAACAUUGCAGGUGGAGAAUUUUGAGGAAUAUGGCUAUACCUUCAUAGCACCCAGGCAAUACUGUAAGGACCUGAAUCUCCGAGACAACAACACCAAGUUCCUGCUGGACUUCAACGAGUACAUCGACAGGAACACCCCAAGCGACCCCAUGUGUAAUGUAAGUUUGGUGAACAGGCUGCUUCUAGAUGCUGGGCUUACGGCAGAACUUGUUAAAUUGUGGAAAGAACAGAGCGUGGAUGGCGUGUUGGCCCAGUUUGUGGCCACAGAUGGCGGGAUCACUCGAGUCUACCCAAAGAGUGCUGGAGAAGAUUGGAGUGAGGAUCCUGAGACCUACGAGGCCAGCUUUUACAAGCGCAGUCUGGACAGUAACAUCUACAUAUUCACUGCUCCAUAUCCAAACAGUGCAGAAAGCAAGGACUCCAGUUACGAGACCGGCGUCCUGGUCAGCAAGGUGGUCAACUUGAACAUCGACGACGUGACCCUCAAGCCUGCGGUGGUUGGGGUGAAGUUGAACGUCUCAGCUUGGAUGAACAUCUUUAUCAACGCCACUGUUAAGAAAGAUUGCAAAGAAGAAAUAUGUGGCUGCCUAAGGAACGAUAAGCAAGUGGACUGUGUGUUACUGGAUGAUGGAGGCUUCCUGCUCAUGUCCAAUCAGGAUGAGUACAUUAGUCAGAUAGGACAGUUCUUCGGGGAGGUGGACCCCGUGCUGAUGAUUAGCUUAGUGAACAAGUCCCUUUACUCUUUCAAUAAAACAUACGACUACCAGUCUGUCUGUGACCCAGAGAGAGAUAGCAAGGCUGCUGCAGCAUCCAGAUCUGUCUAUGUGCCCACCAUCGCAGACAUGUUGCAUUUAGGAUGGUGGGCCUCCGCUGCUGCCUGGUCAAUCCUGCAGCAGCUAAUCCUCAGUUUGACCCUGCCAAGCACCUCAUAUGCAUACUCAGAGGAGGACCUGCCUGACACCUUCUUCAAGGAGAGCUGCAUCACUGAACAGACUCAGUACUUCUUUGAGAAUGGCAACGACACCUUCACUGGCACCCUUGACUGUGGAAACUGCUCCAGGCUGUACCUGGCGAAGAAGCUGCCCAAGACCAACCUGGUGUUCCUCAUCUCCGACGCCAAGAGCACCUGUCUGUCCUGCGACACCAAGCCCCUGAGACAGGCAGAGCAGCCGUCUUCUGGACCGGACCCCUGUGAGCUGGCUCUGAAUCCCCGGUAUCGAAAAGGACCGGACGUCUGUUUCGACGAAGACCCCGAUGAGGAAUUUGUGUGCCCAAUCAGUGGCUGUUCCAGUGCUUUGGCCUCUGCCCCUCUCAUUGUUUUACUGCGUAUGGCCAUUCUGUGGUCACUGAAUGGAGGAUGCCUCUGACUGUGGUGGGGGCAGUAGUCUGAUCCCAUCCCUCUGGACUAUGCUAGGACUGCAACUGCUGUUGCUUUGGCUGCUCACAAUGCCUACAGCCUACUCAU